UGGGGUUAGAGGUCGUGAGGGGUGUGCCGCGCGAGCAGCUGAGGAUUUGAUCGGCGUUGCUGUCCGCUCACGGUAUCGGCCGUCCCGGGCCACAAGUAAGCACUGCAAGAAAAUUGCAUUACUUCCUGAUGCUGGUCAACUUCCAGUAAAGAACUUAUUUAAACUUCUUAUCAGCCAUGUCUUACGAGCGAAGGGAGGCCAACUACUUGGCUAAUGAAGAUCCAGACCAGCUUUCAAGAACAAUAACUUCCAACAUUCAGAAAAUUGGACAGCAUUCCGCAGAAAUCCAAAGGAUUUUAAGCCAACUAGGAAAACCUCAGGAUAAUGCAGAACUUAGACAUCAGCUUCAGCAGAAGCAACAGUUAGUCAGUCAUCUGGCUAAAGAAACUGAGAAGUACAUCAAGGAAUUUGGAUCAUUUGCAGCUGUAAAUCAACAGCGACAAAGAAAGCUACAAAAGGAUCGUUUGGUUGCUGAAUUCACCACUGCAUUGACUAAUUUCCAAAGAAUCCAAAGAGAGGUCGCAGAAAAGGAAAAAGAAUUUGUAGCAAGAGUACGUGCUGGUUCACAUCUGUCUACAGGUGUGCCUGAUAGCCAGAAAGGAGAAGCUCUGCUGUCUCUUGAAAGUCCGAAUCAGUUUCAAGAUCAAGUAGAAGAUGGGAUUACAGAAGAAGACCUGGAGCUCAUUAAAGAAAGAGAGAAUGCUAUUAAGCAACUGGAGUCUGAUAUCUUGGAUAUUAAUGAAAUAUUCAAAGACUUGGGAAUGAUGAUUCAUGAACAAGGAGAUCUAGUUGAUAGCAUAGAAGCCAAUGUGGAAACUGCUGAAGUACACGUACAACAAGCAAACCAACAGCUUAGUAGGGCAGCUGAAUAUCAACGCAAAUCUCGUAAAAAAAUAUGCAUCUUAAUCAUCGUAUUGCUAAUCCUUGCUGUGGUGGUUGGACUCAUUAUCUGGGUAGUAGCAUCAAGAUGAAGUCUGAAGAUCAAGCAUAAUAUUGCACCCAAAUUCUGGUUAGCAUUAAACAUCAGAGUUUAUUUACAGAUGGUAAAUACUUUAUUCAAACACAUUUAGAAAUUGAAGUGUGCUUUCUAGCAAUGUAAUCAAAUCUAUUUUAUAAUUGAAACUGCCAUGCUUCAUUAAUUUGGAUGCCAUUAUUUAAAUAAUGUAGAAUGGUUUAUUUCUUUAAUGCUCAGGCCAAACAUUGUAUGGAAUCUUUUAUCUGCCAUGUUGCCAUAACUUAACUAAAUUAACUGCUAGGAUCUGCUGAUAAUUGUAAAUUUAUUUUAGUUUGACCUUAUUAAUGUGCAAAAGGCAUUCCAUUAGGCCUAAGUGUACUUGGACCAGUGCCGAAUGGACUCUUCAAUUUUCUGUUAGAGUGAUGCCACUUUAAUGCUUUUUGACAGCCUUGAUUUUGUGGUUGUCCAAAUGAGUUAUUAAAUGAAGUAAUAAUGCAUCUAGUUUUCAUCAACUGUGUACCUACUGAUUUCGUACUGGAAGUUAACUUGCCAUUAUCCUGUUUUUGCAAUAUUUGCACUGAAUAGAACCAGUCUGACUUUGUACCAGAUUACACUCCUUUGUUUUGUGUUUUAUCUUAAUGAACAAUACAGAAUGGACUAUAUUUGUAUUCCAAGGGAUGUAUUAAACAUUUUAAUACACUCAAGAUAGCAUAACUUCAAUGCGUCCACAUAGUUUUGCAAAUUUGCAUUUAAAAUUAGACUGGUAUAGCAAUCUAAAUGCUGCUUAAAUAAACUUUUUCUAUAUAAAUUGUGUUCCUGACGCUGUUAAACAACUUUAUACAAGGUGGCAAUUGAGGAAUAUUGAAGUCACGAAAGAAUUAUGUAAUCUUUCAAAUCUGUACAAAUACACUAAUUUGAAUAAUCAAUUGCAAUGAACUGCUGUGCAUUUGCCUUGUUGAGUGCACCUCUGUUGACACUUCAUGCUCAAUGCCAAAGUAAUUGAGACUUUAUUUUCUAUCCAAUACAUUUACUCUCACUUCUGUAGAUAUAUAGCUGCAAUGUGAAUGAUUUAUAAAAUUAACCUCAAUUAUUUGUUAAGGCCUUUAGCAGACCUCUGGACUUGAAACACCAAUCACAAGUGGGACCAAGGGAGCAGUGCAGUGAAUACCACUACUUGUAUGUUUUCUCCAUGUCACACACACUAUCUUGGAAAUAUUCUAUUGUUUCAUCAGUGUUAAAGGAGCAGUAUGCUUUUAAAUCCUCAAGUCCGUACACAAAAUUAAAAGCAUUGUGGACUAUCUUCACCAGAUGAACUGCAGUUGCUUAAAAAGGUUUCCCAUGAACUAAUUUGAUGUUAAUCAAUACUUAAAAACUGCUGGUGAACGCAGCAGGCCAGGCAGCAUCUAUAGGAAGAGGUACAGUCGACGUUUAGGGCUGAGACCCUUCGUCAGGGCUAACUGGAAGAAGAACAUAGAAUAGUACAGCACAUUACAGGCCCUUCAGCCCACAAUGUUGUGCUGACCCUCAAACCCUGCCUCCCAUAUAACCGCCAACCUUAAAUUCCUCCAUAUAUCUGUCUAGUAGUCUCUUAAACUUCACGAGUGUAUCUGCCUCCCCCACUGACUCAGGCAGUGCAUUCCACGCACCAACCACUCUCUGAGUAAAAAGCCUUCCUCUAAUAUCCCCCUUGAACUUCCCACCCCUUACCUUAAAGCCAUGUCCUCUUGUAUUGAGCAGUGGUACCCUGGGGAAGAGGCGCUGGCUAUCCACUCUAUCUAUUCCUCUUAUUAUCUUGUACACCUCUAUCAUGUCUCCUCUCAUCCUCCUCUCCAAAGAGUAAAGCCCUAGCUCCCUUAAUCUCUGAUCAUAAUGCAUACUCUCUAAACCAGGCAGCAUUCUGGUAAAUCUCCUUUGUACCCUUUCCAAUGCUUCCACAUCCUUCCUAUAGUGAGGCGACCAGAACUGGACACAGUACUCCAAGUGUGGCCUAACCAGAGUUUUAUAGAGCUGCAUUAUUACAUCACGACUCUUAAACUCUAUCCCUCGACUUAUGAAAGCUAACACACCAUAAGCUUUUUUAACUACCCUAUCCACCUGUGAGGCAACUUUCAGGGAUCUGUGGACAUGUACCCCGAGAUCUCUCUGCUCCUCCACACUACCAAGUAUCCUGCCAUAUAAUAGAUAUAAUAGAGAUGGUAAGAGAUUUGAAAGUUGCUUGAAAUUCCAGUAUCUGCAGAUUUCCUCGUGUUUGAUCAAUACUUGUUUUGCCAGCUCUUACUUUCCAUUAAUGUGAAGCAAUAAGUAUCAAACUGGAUAACCUUCUGCAAUAACCUGUGGGUAGAAAAGUGAAUGAGAUCCUGUCAAGUACAAACUAGUCAAUAACUGUAAGAUGUUGAAUAGCCAGUACGAUGUUGGAAAUCCAGAAUGAUAGAUUUAGCCUAACCUACUGAGUUCCUCCAGCACUGUGUGUUAUGCAUACCAGAAUUAAGUUUUCCCACUGGUGUUCAUCUCUGCCUUGGCUUUAAACCCCAUCAUGCUGAUGGCACAAACUUCCAUUUGCUCAGCUGCAAAGUCUGUCCACUGAGUCCACAUGAGAGUGAAACAAACUCAAAUAUAGCAAUCCCAUUCAAAUGAAUCACUGCAAAAAAGAUGAGUGAAAUUUUUCAAUUGUUAAAUAUUUUGAAUUACUCCUUGAAAGUAAUUUUCUUUCCAACUUUUGGUAAGUGCUGUGAUGGUAACUUCACAUUAGUGAGCCAUAAUAUGUAUGGGGACAGGUGCAAGUGCACGUGCAGUGCCCUAGCUGGCAACUCUUUUGAUCUGCUUUGACUUUUAACAGAGAGAGCAUGAAAUCCUUGGCCCAAGAGCAGGUAACCAGCAGUCUUGGAGCAAUGAGCAUCCACCCCAUACAGUUUCUUGAAAUCUUAUCCAUUUGCAGAAAUCACAUUCUGAGUGUAUAGGUUUCCUGGUGGAAACCCAACAUGACACCAUAGGUUUUCAUUAUCUGCUAACUUUGUUACAUUAUUGAGAUUGCAUUCAGCUAUUUUUAAAUGCAUAUUUUAUUUUAAAUGAUAGAUCAUAUUUUAAAUUAUUGGAAGUACUUGUCUGUCACAAACGUGAGAUUGCUUCCCUGCUGAAUAUUUAGUUACUAUAUCUUAAGUAAAAUAAUGCAGGGUGUAUGCAGAAUUUUUUCAUCAUUAUUGUUUGAAAUAUCUUCUGUUAAAAAGUUACUAAGAAAAUACAGAUGUCUCAUCAACCAAAGCAGGGAGACAGUUUAAAUCUCUACCCAAGAAGGCAGCUUUUGAUGGUGUAAAAGGUUAUUAAAGGGAAAUGAACAAAAGAUUCCAUAUCUUUAGAUUUUCUAGAUUGAGAAAAUAGGUUUCCAGUUUUGCCAAUUGCAAACGUUCAUCUGGACUUCUGAUAAUAUUUGGUCAUUUUCAAAGCAAGCCUAAAAGCAACUGUCAUUGACUUGUAAUAUUAGAUGAAAUUCUUACCUCCAUAGUAUUAAAUGGAACUCAAAUUUUGCUCUGAUAAAAGACUAUAUUUGGAGGGAUAAAUGGAUUUCUGACCACCUUGCAUGGUAAAUGCAAUUCUCUGCAGAGAAAGCGCAGAUUGAUAUUGGGCACAGCAUCUCAGCAAUGUAAUAAUGAGUUAAAAGCUAAUUAAGCAUUUUGAUGUACAGUAAGCUAUAAAAUAAUACAUGGAAAGAUUAUAGCUAUGAUUAAAAGAAUCCAUGACAAUUGUUUAUUAAAUUCUAACCAGAAUUUUAACCAAAAUACAAGUUGUUAACUUUUCAUCUGUAUAAAUUAAUCUUUGUUUUUCCACUCCGUUUACUGUCAUAUGCACAAGUACAUGUAUGCAGAGGCGCAAUAAAAGAUUUGCAGAGCAACACUGGCACAUAGUAUUGUAUAAGCAACUUUCACAAAGAAAAUGCAAAUCAUACAUGAUUUUUACAAGAAAACAAUUAGAACAAAGCUCAAAAUGAUCGUAGUACUUUCGGUAAACAGUAGUGAUUAGGGUUUUAGUACUAGCUGUUUGUUUGAUAAAUACCCAGACUUUGGUUUUCCAUUGUGAGGCCAUAUUUCACUCUAAUAGUAAAGCUUGUAUAUGUAAGGAAUUGAAAUAAUGCAUAAAAACAUCCUUUUAGACUUUCCAUCUUUCAAUGUAAUAUAAAAAUGUUUUAAAAUACCGGUUGUGAAGAAAUUGUUUUGGUAAUUAUGUAUUUCUGAAGUU